AUGAACUGUGCCAUGAAUAUCUUGUGGACAUCUACUCUCCUUUUGAUUUUUGCUACCCAAACAUGCUUAAGUGCAGAGUGUACCAUACCUAUAAUCAUCAGAGGUGCUUGGUUCUCAUGGGAAAAUGGACGUAACACCCUGACAGAGUUGGAUGCAACCUCCAUGACUCAAAGAGGAGAGUGUGUUGAUAUCAAAGAUGCCUUCCAUGUCAACUAUACAAUGGUUUUCAGAAAGGGAGACUGUUUCACCUGUGUUAAAAUCAUCGUGAGAACUGUGAAUGUCUUAGAGAAAAUUGAAAGUUCUUGUAUCAGCAUUCCAGAACAUGAAGCCACUGUUGAGAAUGUCUGCAGAAGUUUGGAUCCUCAUCAACAACUUAUCACCCUGUUUUCUGAGAACUAUGUUCCAGUCAAUUGUAGAUCGUCACUGGAAGGGGUGUGGAAUUUUGCCUAUCAAAAUCGUUUCAAAUUCACAGGGGAAUGUAGGAAUCCUGAUGCACAGAUACGUUCCUGUCAAACUGCUGGGUCUCAGUUUCUGAUUACAAAUCAAAAGUUCAACAUCACCUAUAAGAAAUGUGAAGGGAUGACCGGCACCUUUGAUGGGGUCGUUGAAUACAGUUGCCUGGGUGAUUGGUUUGUUGACAAGAACCACUAUUUCGCGGUUGCCAAUACCAAGGAAUCCAGGAAAGAUGAAAAGUAUCGCUGUUUCUUGAAGAACAGAGACGACGAUUUGUACAUUGGUGUCUCGAUUACUGCCGAAUGCAAUACUUUGAAAACCGUUGAAAAAAGUCCAGAGAGGUUGCAUAUCACACCAGUGAAGUCCGAGGUUGUGGAAGCUGGUUGUCGCCUACCUCAAAACUUCUCCGGAGAUUGGAUCAACACCGCCAAUAUCGACGCUGACAUUUUCAUAAACGAGACGCACAUCAUUGAGACUUGGUAUCCGGAUGAGGGUCGUUACAGGAGGACCAUUUACGUGUGCCGCGAGCAAAGAGACUCUCGAGUGAUGAUGGCCAGAUUGACUGUAGAUGGAUGCCAAAAAGAUUACAUUUGUUUCGAUUUCGUUCCCCAGCAUCACAAUAUAAUUCGAUACAGAAGGGGUAUUGCAGUUAUAAAAGAUGACUUCAGUACAGUGUGUUCUUGGGUGCAAUUCCAAAAUAAGGCAAAAUGGAAGUACGACUUAUAUUUGAGAAAGAAUCCAGUACCGAUCAAGUGUCCCGUUGCUGGAAAAUUCAAUUUCACUCAGAAAGGAGAUGUGCCAUUUGAAACCAGAAUACUUGGCGGAGUUACACUCAGUCCACGUCCAAAUAUUUAUUGUAAACAAAACAUUUCUGACUUUUCUGUCUGCGAUGAGGAGCAAAAAGUAAUCUCAAUUGAUGAAAAUUACUGUUUAUCCGUAGACCAUCUUGGCAGACCUGUAGAUAUUUACAGCGACCCUGAUUAUCAAAUGAAAUGCAUUGGAUAUUGGAAAGAGAAUUUGAAAUCUUAUUUGAUAACAUACGACGAACUUGAUCCUUUUUCCAAAUACAGAUGUUGGGUUUAUCAAAGAGCAGAUCUAAAUAGAGUAUUGAUGUCACAAGCUAUUGGUCCAUUUUGUGAUUUGAAACAAGAUGUCUCAUCCUGGAACUACACAGAGGGAGCCUCAGUAGCUAUUGAAAUGCAGGAGUAUGAAAGAGAACGUGAUCAGUGCCCUAUGGACUUCGAUGAUGGUACUAAUCCAUGGCUGCACAGAGAAAACAACAUAGAAGUUUUUGACUUUGGAUAUUUCCGAAGUAGUUCAAAUGACCUGUCGGCAUUAUCUCUUCUGGCGCAAGUUGUCAUGAUUUUGCCAGGUCUCAGGAUUGUGUUGUGA